AUGUUAGGAAGCACUACUAAAGGCAAAAUCACUGGUGCUGUGACGGUGUUGCAACAGACAAGAAACAUCUCAAAGAGAAGGAUAGCAUAUCCAACUUAUCCAUUCAAGAGACUUACAAGACAACAUCCAAAGAAACAUGAUUCGAAUUUAAAAUAUGCAAUGAGACAGUUUUUGGGACCAAAGAAUUAUAAAGGGGAGUAUCCGUUGAAUAAAUAUAAUGACAUACCUUUAAAUCAUGAACCAAAUUAUUUGGAUCCUCGUGGUGAAAGGGGUGUCUCCUUGAGAAACCCUUUGAAUGGUAAAGGUUUGCAAGAAAACAUGAGAGGUCAAUUAGAAGAGAUUUCGACGUAUGACCGUGGCAACGACCGUGGCAACAACCGUGGUAGGAUGGGUCAAUUCAAUAGAAACACUCCAAAAUUGCAACCUUUCCCGUUGAAUCCAUAUUGUAAGACUAACUACAUGAUAUCUAAUGAUACAAAAUUGCAAAUUUAUGACGAUAUUGAAAAUAAAGGUUUAUCCUCACAACAAGUAUCUCAGAAAUAUGGGUUGAAGAUCCCUAGGGUAGAAGCUAUUGUUAGAUUAUUGAAAGUUGAAAACAAGUGGGAAAAUAAAAAUAUGAUUAGUCCCGCUUUACAAAAGAUGUCUUCGACUCUAUAUAGAAUGUUGCCUUUGUUUCAACCUGAUAUUGUCAACACAAGAGAAAACCUAUCCGAAAUUCCAGUUCCACCAAAGACUUUGAAGUCAAGAUUUGUGACCAUUGCUGAGUCUGAACCAUUUGGUCCCAUCGACGCAGCUAACGUGCUAGAGUUGGAACCGGCAAUGAAAACUCUGGAGAGACUUUCUACUGAGGGGGAACAUUCUGCAGGCCAUACUAAUACCUCGAAAAAUGAACAAGAACAUAAGAUUAAGACUAAAGUUGUGUUGGCUGAAUUAAGAAAAGGUGACAGAUCCAGACUUAAGUUUAAGGACGUUAGAGCAGAAAAGGUCGCUUACCGUUACGGGUCUGUAUUACGUGAUAACAAGAAGGAUAGAGCCAUUGGGUUCAAUGAGUUAGGACACAUGGUAUACAUGUAA